CAAGUACUAUAUGACAUAGGUAUUGAUGGUAUUCAUGCUUCCUCCCUUACUGGUGUCUAGAAGUAGGAUUUGACAGCCUUGUAUUGAAACAAUGUCAUUAUCCUUUAGUAAACAUGUAACACACAUGGCAAAUAUAUGUUACCUUAACUGGGCAUAAUCCUUUUCUCUGCCAUACACACAACCAGUGAGACCGUGUUGGGAACUUCGAGCUUCGGAAAAGAAUACAAGCUUUCCACUCGUUUUGUACCUUCUAUAGACAUCACGAACGUCACGACUAAGCACAGUGCUGGUAUAUCUGUGGAGUUCCGAUAUAACGUUCUGGCUUGCUGCAUUCGUUUCACAUUCUGCUGGACCUACCUAAGGGCGUAAACUACAGGAAUACUGCUAGACGGUCAUAGGUGGAGCCAAACCCACCAGGGUUCGGUUCGAACUUCUGGGCAGCUUGCCGAAAGUUAAUGGCAGCAGAAGGGCUCCAUGUUGGGUCGUUUCCGGAGCCGCAUGGCGACGCGGGCGGCAGUCAAGUGGUACCCUUGCCAGAUAUCCGGGACAAACACAAUAGCAGCAGCGGCAGUGGCAGUGGUAAACUGCCCUACAUACCAGAAAGGCGCAGCGGCCAGGGCGAUCUGGCCCCGGAUGACGCCGCCACCGCCACCGCCGGCGCCGGCGCCCCCACCGCCCAAAGCAGCAGCCACAGCACCACCCUAACCUUCGACUCAGGCCCAGCCUCCGUAGCCGCCUCCUCCGCCACCGCCCCGGACGCCCGCCUGGGCCGCCCCGGCAGCCUCACAGCCACCGCGGGCCCAGGCAUGAUGGCGGGCAGCCAGCUGAGCAGCCACCACCAUGCGCACCACGGCCCCGGCGGAGCAGGCGCCUCGCCCCUGGGGCGCAUGCCGCAGGGCCGCCGGCACGAGCAGGGGCCGGGGCCGCAGCGAGGCGGCGGCGGUGGUGGCAGUAAUGGCAGUAAUGCCGUGACGGGAGCUGCAGCAGGAGGGGUGGGGGUUGCAGCAGGGCCCGGUGUGGGGGCGCUGGGUGCGGGGAAUGGGCUGCGGGGUGUUGCGGCCGCGCGGCGGGUGCCGCUGCCGGGACUGGCAGUGGGGCCGUCGGGUGCUGGGGGUGCAGCAGCUGGGGGGGCGAUUGGUGCAGCUGGGGCGGGAGGAGCAGCAGCUGGGGUUGCUGGUGGAGGAGGAGGUGCGGGAGGCGCGGGCGGCUCCGGAGCUGCUGCUGCUACUGCUGCUGCCGGGGUGUCGAGGAGCAGGUCGCCCGGGGGCACGGAGGCGCAGAUAGGCUCCGGCCCUCGCCGUCCUCCCAACGGCGCCCUCUCCUCCCCCUCCGCCGCCCUCCCGCCCGCCCUCCCCAACCCCGGCAUCAGCCUGUCCGUGCCCGGCUGCAUGCCCGCACUGCUGCCCGCCGCACAGCCCCCCCACCACGGCCCCAUGAUGCUCUCCCCCGGCGCCGGCGGCGGCAGCGGCCCUCCCUUGGCCGCCGAGAUGUCCCCCCACCUCCGCACCAUGGGAGGCGGCCCGGGCGGGGGGCCAGCAGCAGCAGCAGCAGGGGGUGCAGGUGCCGGUGCGGGUGCGGGUGUGGUGCUGCUGGGCGUGGGCGGGCCGGUGCGCCCCGUGUUGGGCAAGUACACGUGGGAGCCGGAGUACCAGCGGGCGCUGCUGGAUGCGGCGCUGAGGCUGCCACCGGAGGCGGUCCCCGCCGGCUUCAUGGCCACCCUAUCCAGCACGCUGCCCCCGCCCGCCGAGGCGCCCCCCCUGGAGCCCGACCCCGCGGCGCUCAAGUGGUUCAAGGCCACCUACCCGGAGGCCAUAUCCACCAGCCGCAGGGACGCCAUGGCGGUCAGGCUCUGGCUGGACGAGCAGUUCCACUCGCUGCGGCGCCACGUGAUGGCCGCCCGGCCGCACUCGGCACCGGACGGCGGCGCAGGAGCAGCACCAGCAGGGGCAGGGACAGCAGCAGCAUCAGGGGCAGCAGGCGGGGCGGCCCCGCAGCGCGGAGGAGGCAAUGCCGCCGCUGCUGCCGCCUCACCGCCCCUCAAGCACCACUCGGCGCCCAUCGCGCCCACCACCACCACCGUCACGGCAACCACCACCUCGGUGACCUCGGGGGCGGCAGCGGGUGCUGCUGCUGCAGCUGGUGGUGGCCGUGCGGGUGCCUCUCCGGAGCGGUCAGCCCGCGGAGGCGUCCCGCAGUCCGGCGGGGCAGCAGCAGCAGGGGCGGGGGCAGGAGCAGGGGCAGCAUCCUCCCCCACCACAGCAGCAGCCGCUGCAGCUGCUGCCACCACCUCGAGCCCCCACAACAACAACACCAGCAGCAGCACCGCCCCCCAACCCCAGCCGCAGCCCUCGCACCUGCAUGUGCUGUCCCCCCAGGGCGCGGGGCCCGGCGGGGGCGGCUGCUCCUCCCCUACUGCCGGUACUGCUGCUGUUGCCGCCGGGGGUGCUUCAGCGGUGCUGGUGGGCCCCCCCAGCUUCUCGGGUCCCGACUCGCUGCUGCUGCUUCGCGACCCCGAGGGCUACCUGGACGGCGCGGUGCUGCGGCACCAGGAGACGCUGCUCAGCCGCUGCAUGGAGGAGGUGGCGGGGCAGGUUGCUACGCUGUGUGUUGAGCGCGGCCACAUCCUGGCACUGCUGUGGCAGGCGCUGCGACACCUGCUCUACACGCUGCUCACCGACCGCGACGCGGCGCGCAACACCGCCCUAGCGGCCCGGCGGGCUGCUGCGGCGGCUGCGGCUGAGAAGGCGGAUGCGCUGUCCCGCGCUGAGGGGGAGAAGGCGGAGAUGGUGCACAUGAACGACCUGGUGAACCGGCGGCUGCUGGCGGCCAAGAUGGAGGCGGAGCACGUGAGGGCGCGGCAUGCGGAUGUUGAGGCGGAGCUGGCUCGGCUGCGGGCGGUGCACCCGGAUGAGCUGCGCAGGGAGCUGGAUGCGCUGAGGGUGCAGAUGAGCACCCUGGAGCGGCAGCUGGCCGCCAACCAGAUGCGGCUGGAGCGCUGCCAGCUGGACCUGGCGGAGCGGGACAAGGAGCUGGCGGCGGCGUUGGCGAGGGUCCAGGCCAGUGCGGACGAGCUGGGCAGCAUGCGGGAGGAGUUCGGCGCGCGCAGCCCCCGCCCCGCCCAGCCGCGCACCCCGCCCUGGGAGCUCAUGCAGCCGGACGAGGCGGCGCUCACCCUAGCAGGGCUGCGCGCGGGGGUGCCGGCGCAGGACAUGCACCGACUGCUGCUGGGGGUGUCGGCCACAGGGGGCAACGUGCUGCCCUGGUGCCACCUGCUGGGCACUUGCAGGCACAUAGACCCCAGCGGGCCGCCGCCUAAUGCGGGAGUGGGAUCGGAGGGGAGCCAGCUGAACCUGGGAGGGGGUGGAGGAGCCAGCACCGGCGGUACGACGGGUGCGGAGGGCGGCGAGGGAAGCAGCGAGUCGCCCUCGCCGCAGCGCGCGCGGCUCAAAUCCGGCCGACCCACCAUUGCGGAGGCAGUGGCGCCCGACUCCGGGUCUCCCUCCACUCCCGCCUCCCGCGCCACCACAGCUGUAGGCCAACGCCGCUUCAAUCGCGCCAUGUCGCACAAGCGCCACGACGGCGGGGAGCUGGGAGGCCCCAUGGCCGCCGGCACCAUGGCAGGUCCGGCGGCGGUGGCAGUCGCCGCACCCCCUCUGCGCGCCUUCACCGCCACCGGCGGCGCCUCCAGACGUAGCGGCGUGUUGUCGCUUCUCACCACGCCCGGCCUGCCAGACAUCCGCGAGCAGCACAACUGGCUGUACGGCCUGCUCUCCCGCCCCGACGCCGCCACCGCGCUGUCCCGCUGGCUGAGCGAGGAAGCCGUGGAGGCGGUGGGGCAGAUGGCCAACCACUCCAUCGACGCGCACUCCAUUGCAUGUCUGCUGCUGGGCACGUUUAGCAUCGCGGGGGCGGAUGUGGUGCCGUACAAGAGCCUGGCGGGGGUGCUGGCGACUCGGUACCGGCACACGGCUGCGGACAUCGGGGGUAGCAUCACGGAGGCGCUGGAGCUGGCGGCCAUGAGCACGCGCGACCGGGUGGAGCGGCUGCAGGAGAUCAACAAGGACCUGCGGAAGCAGGUCAACAAGCUGAAGCGCAACCUGUCCGACAUGCGCAAGGUCGAGCGUGACGGCCGCAUGAAGGACCUGCGCAAUGUGGCGCGCAAGGUGCAGGGCUGCCCGCCCUCCCCGCUGCACGGCCUGGUGCUGCAGAAGCGCUGCGAGUACUUCAUGGGGCUGGGUAGCGGGGAGGACGUGCCGGCGGUGCUGCAUGCGGAGGGGAAGGUGGGGGGAGGAGGACGGGUGGGGAAGCUCUACAACCGCCAGAUGGAGAAGGCGGAGGCGGAACGCAUCGUCAACGCCGUCUGGCAGUCCAAGCGCGAGUUCGAGGCCGGCUACGGUGUGCGCAUCUCGCUGCCCGACUACCUCUCCGUGUUCCUGCAGCGCAAGCACGGAGCGGCGCGGCCCGCCACCGAGGCGGCCUACAACCUGGUGUACACGCUGGGGCAGCACCAGUACGACCCGGACUGCUACCUGUUCUUCAAGGUGCUAGCAGGGGAGCUGGACGACAGUGCACGGGAGGGGCAGGAGCGCCUGCGGGCAGCAGUGCUGGACGCCCUCCUGGCCGCGGACGCAGCCGCCAACUCAAACCGCGUCACCGGCUGGCUGCGCAAGUCCGACAUCCGGGACACGCUCACCCGCCUGCUUGGCGUGGAGGGGAGCAAGCGGGA